CCACACUCCUAUAUAAGAUGCAAACGGUAACCCAGCAGGCCCCUUUUACCAUCUCGCUCCACUCCACCACCGGGAAAACAAGAACAUCCGCUCUCGAAUCCAUCUGAGCCCUAAUCUCGGCAUUCCUUUCGGCCCUGAUAUCCCUCUCCUCUCCAUCAAACAGGAUGCUGGAGUUUCGCGCUGGUAAGAUGAUUCUCGAGGGGAAGACGGUUGUCCCCGAUGCUCGCAAAGGCCUCGUUCGCAUAACCAGGGGUGAGGAGGGGCUGAUGCACUUUCAGUGGCUUGAUCGCGCUCAGAACGUCCUCGAAGACGAUCAGAUUGUCUUUCCAGAGGAAGCAGUGUUUGAGAAGGUAAAUCAAGCUUCGGGGAGGGUUUACAUCUUGAAGUUCAAUAGUGAUGACAGGAAGUUCUUCUUUUGGAUGCAGGAGCCUAAUGCUGAAGGUGAUGCACAAUUAUGUAACUCUGUCAACUUUUUCAUCAACCAACCAAUUGAGCUCCCUGCUGAAGAUGAGCUCGAGGUAUCUGUUCCUCUUCAAGACUCGGACGAUAUGGUUGAAGAUGACAUCUCAUCAAGAGCUGGAAACUUGGUCAGUCCCGGUUUAGCUGCUGAAGCAAUUAGUGAUGUUAGCUCCUCUGCUGGACCAGUAAAAUUGGAAGACUUAAGAAGAAUUCUCAGUAGCAUCGAACCUGGAGAUAAUGAUGCUGGAGAUGCAGAUGGAGGGUUCGGGCUUGGGGACAUUUUGAAGCCAGACUUGAUCAUGCCAUUGAUAAGCACAUUGCCUGUGGAACAGCGCUUAGCUUCAUACUUACCUGAGGGGCAGUGGUCUGCUGAGGAAAUUUUGGAGCUGCUUCAGAGUCCUCCUUUUCGCCAACAAGUGGAUUCCUUUUCUCAUGUGCUUCGUACGGGACAGAUAGAUCUGGCUCAGUUUGGGAUUGACUCAACCAAAUACAAGUAUACCGUUCUUUCUUUUCUCGAGGCUCUCGAAGAUUCUGUGUCUGAAUCAAGUGACUCGGAUGAAGCAAGGUGUGAUGACGAGAACUUAAAAUCCCAUUCUUGUAAUCAUAACGAUCCCAUGGAUGAAGCCCAAUAGUGCUGUACCUUCUUCAUGCAUUCCUUCUUGAUUUACUUGUCUGCUCCAUUUUAAUGGGUGGAUAGAACUCCCAUAUUUAGCUAGAAAGAAAUAGCCGAAUCAUUCCGAUUAAAAUUUCAUGCAUUGACUGAUGUAGAAAAGAUAGCAUUGAAGUUACUGUGUUGGUUCGGGGUACCUUAUACUUUUUUUUUUUUGGUCGGAACCUUAUACUAUUUCAAUAAAGGAAAUUUUGAGGGACACCUUGUUU